AUGGGCAAAGAGGCACCUAUUCGGCAGGAUGCCUCGAAGGUUAAAGUUAAGGCCAUGGGGUCGCUAUUCUUGCUAUCUUACAUGGAUCCACUAGCGUUUGUUGACCGCCGGCUCGAUGUGUUCAACAUAUACCUUUAUAUCGACAUUCCCACUAUCGAUUAUUAUAACGAUGAGAUGACGCAAGCGAAGCUUUUCCGGCUAAACCGAAGAUUCAAAAUACACAAGGUAAAGGACCAGAUACUGGGUAGCUUCACCGAUGGCAAACCCGACGUGUGGAAGCGGCUGCUUUUGGAGCGCGAGAAGAACGAGGGCAGUUUCAAGCUGUACGUGUGCUCGAGCGGAUCGCUACGCUACGUGGAAUCAAUACGGUUUCUAAUAGAGUCAUGCUGGAAUGAAGUCCGGGCACAUACAGAUUGCAUUCGAAUACGUUUCUACGUGCAAGUUACCCCAACUUCUCAGAAGUGGUUCACGACAUUUUUAAACAAGGAAAUCCUCGAUGCCGAUAUUCUGGAGUUUCUCCUUAUAGACACGUACUCCAGUAUACUGAGCAAAUCGUCCAUACCUUUCAAGGAGUAUUACGCAAAGCUAAAUGAGAAGUUUCUGCGACCUCCGGAUCCGUUCACCCUGGACUCAAUCGUCAUAGUGACCAAUAGUACCGGUGUGAAGGCGCUGCUCACGAUCCUGUCAGACCGGCCACUGACGAGCUAUCUGAGCCAAGAGUCUCUCGAUUCUCUGAAUAAGACUGCCUUACAGCGCAAUGGUAAGAUAGUUUCUGCUGCGGAGAAACACCCAGAGCAGGACGAAACUCCUCUGAAGCGGAACUCCUCAUCCAUAAUAAAAUUCCAGAACUCCUUGCUUACUUCUAAUAAGGACAAAGCAGUUCGGGUCAGGUCGUUGUCUUUGCAGCGACAGUCACACAGGCCCCAACUAAUACCUAUGAGUUGUCAGAGUGCAGCUCAUGUUCAUGCCCAUUCGAUGUCCUCGGGGAAGACAGAGUUGAAGCAUGAACUGACCGAAAUAGCGCCUGCUGACUGGAAGCAUACCGCGGCUGAUGAACGCGAGCUUGAAGACGACGACGAUUUUGACGACGAUAGUGAUAUGGAGUAUGAGAGCUCAGACGAUGAUGGAAUAAGUUUCUAUGUUCCGAACCUUCUCUCCAGGACUGCCACCAACGAACCGGACACUGGGCAUGAUACUACAUGCGAAAGCAGCGAUCCCCCGUCGCGCCGGAGGUUCCGUUCACUGAGCCUGAUGGACCCACCAUCACGGGCUCCAUUUUCACAGUGCAUGCCUCCCCCGUUAGAGCAUAUUGAAGACGAAAUGUGCUCGCCAACAGUCAACAACGAAUGGUAUACGAAUAUAUACGUACAUGACGGACACUUUGGAGAACACUCUGCCACAAACCAAGCCAAGCGCCCGAAGAGAUCGCUACGACAGGAGUGUUCCGCUAAUGGACUGAUUCCGCCCGAAUUUUACUCACGGCUUUCCUCGCCCUCUUCCAGCAAUAAUAGUUCCAAUUCGUCGUUGCAAAAUCUCCAUCUGCUGCCCGGAACUUUCGCAAAACUCCUCAGCAUCCACUCGAACAGUUCGAGUGAAGACAAGAAAGCCUCGCCGAGCAGUAGCACCCUUUUCGACAAGCGUCUUGUGUCAAAGUCGUUCGAUGAGGUGCGGCGGCAGCCGUCCAUACAAUUGUUCCAGACCCUGAUGAAUGGAAAUGGCCUGGCGCUGAACUUCCGCGCUAACAAACCACUCCCUAGCCCGUCCUACGAAGGCGAGUGCCCCACUCCCCGUGAGACCGAGGAUAGCGAUGCCAACAAGACGCUACAGCAGUCACAGCCUGGCUCCGUCGCAACUAUCUUCAAUAGCGACAAGGUUUCACAGACUCUAAACAAAUUCAACCUUCAGAUCUACAACUCUGAUAAUGGCACAUCCCUUUCACAGCUAGCCGUACCGGACCCCGUCGGCAGCACUUCGCAUUUUGCAAGCCCCUCGAAGCCCAGUCAGCCAUUCAGGAAGCCCAAGUUCACUUUAGAUCUUUACGGCGACGACGACAUUGCAAACAAGGGCGCAUGGGUCCUAGGCGCAAAUAACAGGUAG